AUGACGGACUCAACACCACCAGCGGCUCCUACUGAUAUUGCGGCACAGUCGCCAAGUCCAUCUGUCGAUGCCGAAGAUAGAUCGCCGCCCCGGAAGCGACCCAGAACUCGCGCGCCCCCUCAAGCAGUAGUUUCAGCUCCAGCCUCAGCGACAGCGACGAAUACCGAGAUAUCAGCUUCCACGAUGGACGUUCCCACAACCGAUGCACCAGUUCAUAGAUUCUCAGUACAGCCUCUCAAUCGCUUCCGCGGUGCGUCAGCCAAGAUAAAGCGUCCACGCGAAGUCGCCCACUUCUCAUACGAUGACAACCACGAAUACCAGGCAGAUGAGUCGGGCAUCAACUACUAUGUACCACCGCCGAUGGGUGUAGAUCUGAAAGAGGGAUUCGAGACUUUCAAACACUACGAGGACAAGGAAGAUCCACAUCUAGACAGUCUGUUGAGGGCGCUCAUGGAAGACAAGACGGGCAAGGAAGAUGUGAAGGCCGACUUCAUGACCUGGAGAGGCAUGAUGACCAAGAUCAUGACAGCGCCCUUCGACAACUUCGCAGAAUUCGGCAUGUUCGCAACACUCUACAACGGCACCAUCUACAUCGAAGAAGACUUCCCCUCACGAGCCGCCGAACGUGCAGCAGAAAGCGACCGACCACCACCUCGCUACCAACACCCCGACCAGCAAUCACGCGAGAUGAUGACGUACUGGGGUUACAAGUUCGAGAAACUCACACUCAUACCCACGCUUCCAAAAGACACAUCGAGAGAAGAAAUCGAGCAGCACCAAAAGGGCAUCGUAUCAAACCAUGCCCAACAUUGCUCCAUCGUCAACACAUCCUUUGGACCCCAUAGCCUCAUCCUCGGUGGUGAAGUAGAUGGUCUCCUCGCACCCAAACCUACCAAUCCCGACGAACCUACCCAAUGGGUCGAGCUAAAAACCAGCGAAGAGCUUCCUCCCCCACGCCAACAACAACACCGCGACGUGCUCAAAUUCGAGCGCAAGCUCCUCAAGUUCUGGGCCCAGUCCUUCUUACUCGGCGUACCCAAGAUUACCGUGGGAUUCAGGAGUAAAGCUGGUAUCCUGAGGGGUCUGCAGACGUUUAAUACGCAUGAGAUUCCUGGUAUGGUGCGCAGGGGAACAAACUGCUGGGAUGGGAAUGUGUGUAUCAAUUUCGCGACGGAGUUUUUGGGGUGGUUGAAAGGGGUUGUGGUUGAUGAGGGGGUAUAUAGUGUGGUUUUGAGGAAGAAGAGUGGGGUUGUGGAGGUGAGGAGGUUGAGGGAUGGUACGGGGGAUAUUGUUAGUAAGGAGUUCAAGGCGUUCAAGAGUAGGGUGUCUGAUGGUGGGCAUGGCGAUGCGGAGGAUGGUGGAGAGGCGCAGGUGGGUGGGAAGUCUGCGGUGGUGGGUCAAGAAGCAGAGGAGGGGACGUUCCUCGAAGAGGAUCGACAGGACGAGAUGGAUGUUUUUGAGUGGAUGAAAGCUAUCGAGGCGGAAGCCGAGGUGGAGGGAAAUGACGAUUCCGCUCUUGAGGAGGAUGAGGAUGACGACGAUGGGGAGGUAUCUCAAGGGCUGCAGGAUAUGCGACUCUAG